AUGGCUGAGGCAGCACCACAUCACAAUUCUCCAUCAGAAGAUCCUAAUAGCCCAUUUUUCUUACACCACAGUGACAAUGUAAAUACUGUGGUGGUCACACCUCAUCUCACGGGACCAAAUUAUCUUUCUUGGAACCGAUCAUUCACCCUAGCUAUUUCAAUCAAAAAUAAACUCGGUUUUCUAGAUGGGACCAUUGAGACCCCUCAACUCAACAACACCCUUUAUGUGCCAUGGCUUCGAUGCAAUAACUUGAUCCUUUCAUGGAUCUUGAAUUCCAUCUCAAAAGAAAUUGCAUCAAAUGUACUUUAUGUCAGCUCAGCCAAAGAAGUUUGGGAAAAACUUAAGGCUAGAUUUGCACAACCUGAUAAUGUGCGCAUAUAUCGGCUGCAGCAGCAACUGGGAUCCAUUACUCAAGGAACACAACCUGUGACUGACUACUUCACACAACUCAAUGCAGUGUGGGAAGAACUACACAACUACAGGCCUUUGCCACACUGCUCAUGUGGUCUAUGCACCUGCAAAACAUUGGAUACCGUUGGUGAAAUUCAACAAACAGAUACAGAAGAAAGGCAAAGGCAAGUUAGGACCUUUGCAUUGCCUCUAAAUGAGUCCUCUGUAUUGGCUGUUUAUCAUGGCCAGAACAAGAAGAAAGAAAAGUUAGAAGUCACUUGUUACCAUUGUGGGAAGAUGGGCCACACAAAGGAGAAAUGCUAUCGACUAGUUGGAUUCCCACCCAACUUCAAGUUCACCAAGUCUAAACAAGGAUAUUCAUCUGGAAGUCACUCAGUGAACCAAGUUACUACUCAGGAACAUGAGAGCCGCACCUCAAAGACUCCACAGCUUCCCCUGACUGAAGCACAAAUUCAGCAAAUUGCAACUCUUGUCAAUGCUCAAACUUCUCAGCUCAACUUGAAGGAAAGAAACUCACCAAUCAACCCACUCAGCAAUGACUUUUCAACCUCCACAAAUGCCCAGACUCACACUCACCACUCUUCCAACAUGGCAGGACCUAUCUUCAUGGAUGACGAUUGGUCUUGCUGA